AUGAGUGAAAAUAAAAUAUUAUUAAUUAAAACAUGUCUCGAAGAUCUAAGUUCAGAGUUAUUAAUAUCAAUAUUUGAUUAUUUAACUUCGAUUGAAGUUUUAAUUGCAUUUUUUAAUUUAAAUAAACGUAUACGUUUGACUAUUUGCUAUUAUUUACAAUUGGGUUAUCGUUUAACACAAUUUAAUUUACAAGACACAAAUUAUUUAACGUAUAAAAUUUUUUGUCAUGAUAUUUUACCGAAUCUAAAAUCAACUAUAACAUCAUUUCAGCUCGGUAGUAAUUAUUAUUUUGGGCAAAUUGACUAUUUUAAUCAAUAUCAAUUGAUGCGUCUUGAUUCACUUACGAUGCGUUUGAUCGAUCCAAAUUUAGCUAAUGAUAUACUUCAAAAAUUCCUUAAUUAUAAUCGUUUGCAAUGGUUUGAUAAAAUAAAUUUAAUUAUCGACGAAGAAACUAAGGGAUGGAAUGAACAAAUGUCCUUUUGUGUACAAAAUAUUCCCGUUAGAGAAUUAAAAAUUAUAGGUAAAGUUCCAUAUGUCUUUGCUCAACAUCUAAUGACAGGUUGUUAUUCAAUUACUCAUCUAACUAUUCAUUUAAAAUUUGAUCACGAUCUACUUCCUCUUCUUUACUAUCUACCAAAUCUAAUCGAAUGCAAUGCUUAUGUUGAUCAUCGUGGUCGUGAUAUAUCCAAUGAUUUAACACUACUCGAGCCACUUCCUGCUUUAAAACAUUUCAAAUAUGAAGGACUUAUGUCACCGAUUUAUUUACGACGUUUAAUUAUUGAAAUAAACCUACAUAUUGAACAUCUAUUUAUCUAUACACAAGAUUAUCAAUGGCCAUUUCAUUCAUCUGAAGGAUUUUGUUGGGAUUUUUUCGAUUGCCUUCAUGAUUUACAAAGAUUUCAUUUCUAUAUUCGUCUAAUGACUUCAGAUAGUUUUAAUAAGUUAAGACCAUAUUUUACGGAUACAAAAUAUUUAAUCAAUCGAAAAUUAUGUCAUAAUAUAGCAUGUGUUGUAUCAAAAGAUAUCGGGCAAAUAUUUUCUUUGCCAUUUGAAUUUAAUCAUUUUGAAAUUUUUGACGAAAACAUUUUUAGUCAAAUUCAAUAUAUUAAAAAUGAAAAAAAUAAUUCAAAUGAAAAUUAUUGGAGUAAUAUCGAACAUUUGACGUUACAUAUGAAUAUUUAUGAUCGGUCAUUAUUACAAUUGAUAAAAGAAAAAUUUACAAAAGUAUGUGCAACUGAUUAUCAAGUUCCUCAUUUCAGUCUUAUACCACAAGAAAAUGAAUUACAUCAAUUUGAAAUUGAACUUAGUACGAUCAAAAAACUUAUAAUUCGUGAUAGUGUUAAACAUGGUUGUCAUGUUCCUCAGCCCCUAUUUCUUCUUACAUCAAAUCUAAUUGAACUUGAAAUUGAUCAUUUCUAUUUAAUGCAAAUUGUUUCAAUGGUUAGUAAACAAACUCAAUCGUGUAUGUUAACAGCAUUUUCUCGACUUCAUCGUGUAACUGUCCGACAAUUUGAUGAACGUAUAACUGAUUAUUUUUUUUCCUAUUUUUCCCAUAUAAAAAUCUUUGCUCUCAUAUUUGCAACAUAUAAAAUGCAAGUUUACCGAACUAAAUUACCAUUUCUUGAUGAUCUUCUUAAAUCGAUGUCUCAUUUAAUUAGUCUCAAAUUAGAACAUAUAAGAAAGCCACAAUAUUAUCAAGAUUAUAUUGAAAUGCAAAAGAAUGUUGAAGAAAAAUUCUCAGAAUAUUAUUCGAAAUCUACUUAUUGGUGUAAAUGGUACGAUGACCAGACACAACUACACAAUAGAUAUGCAACAUUUUUUUUUUCAACAUAA